UACUCUCUGUCUAUAAAAGAGUCACAGAGAAAAUGGCCAAAUGGGUUUUUGAUGACAAUAUAUUAAUGCACGCAGAGAUGAUAUAAGAAGAAAUGAUGAUGAAGGAGACGGGAGAGAGUUCAAAGAAGAUGAGAGCAGUUCCUAAUGAUCAUGGCUUCACUAAAAUUGUGCUCUCUUGGUCCCUUGAACAAAUUGAAAAUAAAGACCUUUUCAAGGACCAGGUAAAAAACAUUCCGCAGUCCUUCGAAUCAGUUCACCAGUAUUUUCGUUCAUAUAUUUACCCUUUAUUGGAAGAAACUCGUGCACAACUCUAUUCAAGUAUGGAGAUUAUAUCAACAGCACCUUUUGCUGAAGUAAUUUCAUUUUAUGAAUCUAAGCCAUACGGAGAAAAUUUGUAUGAUGUUCAGGUUGAUAACUGGAGUAACCGAUGCAGUGAUCGUGGCAAGGAGCCUUACAAAACGUUGCCUGGAGAUAUUUUAAUUUUAGCAGAUGCUAAACCCGAGCAUGUAUCUGAUUUACAAAGAAUAGGAAGGUCUUGGGCUUUUGUAAUGGUCACUAAAGUCCCAGAGGAUGAUAUUGAUGAUAAUGAUGAUAUUCGAGAGGAUUAUGAAACAUCUACUAGCUUUAAAGUCAAGGCAUUGAAAGAUAUUGAUGUUGAUGGUGGGAAGAAAUCAUUGUUUGUGGUUUUCUUGACAAAUACAAUCCCUAACAAGAGAAUGUGGAAUGCACUGCACAUGCAUGGAAAUCUGAAUAUCAUUAACAAAGUCUUGUGCACUAGUACUUUGAAUGAGGAAGACUGUGAUCUCUGUUCUGCACAGAGUGAUGGCAGCUGGGAUGAGAAAUUGGCAACAAGUAUUACUUCAGAACUGAAUGAAUCCCAAAACAACGCUAUUCUUGCUUGUCUACGUAAGAUGCAUUGCAUCCACAAGUUGUCUGUGGAACUUAUAUGGGGUCCGCCUGGUACUGGCAAAACAAAAACCAUGGGCACCCUGCUUUUCACCCUUCUAAGAAUGGGAUAUAGGACUCUUACUUGUGCCCCAACAAAUGUUGCAAUUAAAGAAGCGGCCUCUCGUGUCCUAAAGCUGGUGAAAGAAUCCUUCGAAACCAACAUUGGAACUGAUGCUUUGUUUUGCUCAUUUGGAGAUAUUCUCUUAUUCGGGAAUAAGAAGCGUCUCAAGAUUGGUUCGGACAUGGAAAUUAUACAUUUGGAUUAUCGGGUGAAAAGGCUUACAAAGUGCUUGGGGCCUCUGACUGGUUGGAGGCAUUGUUUUACUUCAAUGAUUGAUCUUCUUGAAGAUUGUGUUUCUCAAUUUCACAUCUUCUUGGACAAUGAACUGAUCAAAGAGAGAGAACAAAACAGUGAAGAAGAAAUUGAAGAGAUAGAAAGUGAGGAUGAAACUGAUGGUGGCGAGGGGAAGUGCAAGUCAUUUCUUGAUUUUCUGAGAAAAAGAUUUGUUGAUACUUCAUCACCACUUAAAAAUUGUCUUCUAGACUUUUGUACACAUUUACCCAAGAAAUACAUUCCCGAGCACAAUUUCCAAAACAUUUUUUCUCUUAUUGACCUACUUAAGUCUUUUGAAACCUUGUUGUUUAAAGAUGAUGUGGAAUCUGAAGCACUGGAGGAGCUUUUUUCACAUUCAGAAGUAGGUCAAGAUAUACCAUUCCCACUGUAUGUAAGGAGAAAAGAAUGCCUUUCUCUUUUAAAAGAACUUCAGGGUUCAUUUAAUGAACUUGAUCUUCCGAGCUCUAUGAACAAAUGGUCAAUAAUGGAUUUUUGUUUCAAAGCAGCUUCCUUAAUUUUUUGCACUGCUUCAAGUUCUUAUAUGCUGCACUCGGUGGAAGAGAACCCACUGAACAUUCUGAUUAUUGAUGAAGCUGCACAAUUAAAGGAGUGUGAGUCGACCAUUCCCCUUCAACUUCCAGGAUUAAGGCAUGCUAUUCUUUUUGGUGAUGAGCGCCAGUUACCAGCAAUGAUUACAAGCAGUAUUUCUGAGGAAGUUGGUUUUGGGAGAAGUUUAUUUGAGAGGUUAAGCUCAUUGGGUUGCACAAAGCAUCUUCUCAGUAUACAGUACCGAAUGCAUCCAUCUAUAAGUUUUUUCCCAAACGCAAAUUUUUAUGACAACCAGAUUUUAGAUGCUCCAAAUAUUAGAAGAAAAAGCUUUGAAAAACAGUAUCUUCCAGGGCCAAUGUUUGGCCCCUAUUCUUUCAUUAGUGUAAUAGAUGGUAGGGAAGAGAAGGAUGAUUCUGAGCGUAGUUGGAGAAACAUGGUUGAGGUUUCUAUUGUGAUGAAAAUACUACAGAAAUUAUAUAAAGCAUGGGUUGGCACUAGCUCCAAACAGAAUUACCGCAUUGGUGUAAUAUCUCCUUAUGCUGCUCAAGUAGUAGCAAUUCAAGAAAGACUUGGUCGGAAGUUUGAUGCUCUUGAUAGGUUUACAGUAAAGGUCAGGUCAGUAGAUGGGUUCCAGGGUGGGGAAGAGGACCUAAUUAUAAUAUCAACAGUAAGAUCUAAUACUCAUGCAUCAAUUGGGUUCACAUCGAAUCUACAGAGAACUAAUGUUGCUCUUACAAGGGCUAGGCACUGUCUAUGGAUAUUGGGAAAUGACAGAACACUAGUGAAUAGUGAAUCUGUUUGGGAAACCUUGGUCCUUGAUGCUAAGAAUCGUCAAUGUUUCUUUUAUGCUGAUGAGGACAAGGAUUUGGCUAAAGCAAUAUUAGACGUGAAGAAAGAAUUUGAACAGUUUGAUGAUUUGCUUAAUCAUGAUAGCAUAAUUUUUAAAAGUGCUAGGUGGAAGGUUAUUUUUAGUGAUAACUUUCUGAAAUCAUUUCAAAAACUGAAGUCUGUUCGGACAAAGAAGUCAGUUUUAAACCUUCUACUUAAAAUUUCCAGUGGCUGGAGACCCAAAAAGUUAAGUGUAGUUUGUGAAAGUUCUUCACAGAUCUUAAAGCAGUUUAAGGUUGAAGGUCUUUAUAUUGUUUGUGCAAAUGACAUUGUAAAGGAAUGGAAUGACAUUGCAAAGGAAUUGAGGUACUAUCAAGUUUUGAAGAUCUGGGAUAUAGUACCUAUAGAGGAUAUUCCAAAAUUAGUGAAACGUCUUGAUAGUAUGUUCGGAAAAUAUACAGAUGACUUUAUUAAUCGUUGCCAAGAGAAAUGUCUUGAGGGGGAUUUGGAAAUUCCAAAGAGUUGGUCAAUCUCUAUUGAUAUUGUCCGGAUUAAGAAUCUUGAUGACCAUGAAAAUGGGAGUGAUCUAAGUGGUUGUACUGCUGAUGGUAGAAGUUACGUUGAGAAUGCCAGAGUGAGUGAGAGUCUUAUGCUGAUGAAAUUCUACUCCUUAUCAUCAGGCGUAGUGACCCACUUGCUUUCUAACCAUGAUGGUGGUGAAUUGGAUCUACCAUUUGAAGUAUCUGACCAAGAGCUAGAGAUAAUCCUUUUUCCUAGAAGUACAUUUGUACUAGGGCGGUCAGGUACUGGGAAAACUACUGUUUUGACUAUGAAGUUAUUUCAGAAAGAAAAACGGCACCAUAUGGCAAGGGAGUUAUUGUAUGAGGAAAAAGAGGUUGAGGAGACCGCUGCUGGGAUGAAGGAAAAUGUAUUGCACCAACUUUUUGUGACAGUGAGUCCUAAACUGUGUUAUGCUGUAAAACAACAAGUUUCUCAUUUGAAAAGCUUUUCCUGUGGUGGCAAUUCUUCAAAAGGAAGUAGUUUAAUUGAUAUGGAUGAUUUUGAUGAUGCCUCUCAAUUCAAGGAUAUCCCAGAUUCUUUUGUUGAUGUUCCUCCCCUGUCAUAUCCUCUUGUCAUAACAUUUCACAAAUUUCUGAUAAUGCUUGAUGGAACUGUGGGUACUUCAUACUUUGAAAGAUUCCAUGCAGCAAGGAAACAUUCUAAUGGUCCAAUAAGUGGUAGUUCAGUUUCCUUACAGAGCUUUAUAAGGAUGAAAGAAGUUAAUUAUGAAAGGUUUAGUACAUCAUACUGGCCCCGUUUCAAUACCCGGCUAACUAAGAAGCUCGACUCUUCUAGAGUUUUCACUGAGAUUAUUUCCCAUAUAAAAGGUGGCCCGCAAGCUGCGGAGGCAGGUGAUGGUAAACUCAGUCGUGAGAAAUAUGUUCUACUAUCAGAGGGUAGGGUUUCCCGUCUAUGUAGACAGAAGAGAGAGAUAAUAUAUGAGAUCUUUCAAAAUUAUGAAAAAAUGAAGAAUGAAAAUGGUGAGUUUGAUUUUUCUGAUCUUGUAAUUGAUCUUCAUCGUAGAUUAAGAGUUGAAAGAUACAAGGGCGAUGAAAUGCAUUUUGUAUAUGUGGAUGAGGUGCAGGAUCUUACAUUAAGCCAAAUUGCUUUAUUCAAAUAUAUUUGUAAAAAUGUUGAAGAGGGUUUUGUUUUCUCUGGUGAUACUGCUCAGACGAUUGCGAAGGGAAUUGACUUUAGAUUCCAAGAUAUAAGAUCUCUAUUCUACAAUAGGUUUGUGCUGGAAUCAAAAAGCAGUGGACAAGAUGGAAGAAAAGAGAAAGGAAUAAUCUCAGAAAUCUUCCAUUUGAGCCAGAACUUCCGUACUCAUGAUGGAGUUCUUAAGCUAUCACAGAGUGUGAUUGAACUUAUUUAUCAUUUCUUUCCUCAAUCUACUGAUAUUUUGCCGCCUGAGACUAGUCUUAUAUAUGGUGAAGCUCCUAUUCUGCUUGAAUCAGGGAACAAAGAAAAUGCUAUCAUAACUAUUUUCGGCAAUAGUGGAAAUGGUAGAGGAAGUAUUGUUGGCUUCGGUGCAGAGCAAGUAAUAUUGGUACGAGAUGAUUUUGCUCGGAAGGAAAUUACUAAUCACGUUGGGAACCAAGCUCUUGUUCUAACUAUUGUGGAGUGCAAGGGCCUUGAAUUUCAGGAUGUAUUGUUGUACAACUUUUUUGGCUCAUCAUCUCUAAAAAAUGAAUGGAGGGUGAUAUAUAAAUAUAUGGAAGAGCAAGAUUUGCUCGACCCAACUUUACCCAUCUCCUUCCCAAGUUUCAAUGAGGCCAAACACAGUGUGUUGUGCUCCGAACUGAAGCAACUUUAUGUGGCUAUCACUCGUACCAGGCAGAGGUUGUGGAUUUCUGAGAAUUCAGAGGACCUCUGCAAACCAAUGUUUGACUAUUGGAAGAAAAAGUGUCUUGUUCAAGUCAGACAACUGGAUGAUUCACUUGCUCAGGCAAUGCAGGUUACUAGCAGUCCAGAGGAGUGGAAGUCCCGGGGCAUUAAGUUGUAUUUAGAGCAUAAGUUUGAAUUUGCAACCAUGUGCUUUGAAAGAGCUGGUGAUAUUUAUUGGCAAAGAAGGUCCAAGGCUGCUGGCCUUAGAGAAAAUGCUGACCAUAUGCGCGGUUCAAAUCCUGAAAAGGCAAAUGUUAUGCUUAGGCAAGCUGCUGAAAUAUUUGAAACUAUAGGCAAAGCUGAUUCUGCUGCACAAUGUUUUUCUGAUUUGGGGGAGUAUGAAAGAGCAGGAAGGCUUUAUUUAGAAAAGUGUGGGGAGUCUGAACUUCAAAGAGCUGGGGAAUGCUUUUGUCUAGCAGGAUGCUAUGAACUGGCAGCUGAGGUGUAUGCUAAAGGCAAAUUUUUCUCAGAAUGUUUGAAAGUUUGCGCCAAAGGAAAAUUAUUCAAUAUGGGUUUCAAGUACAUUCAGUAUUGGAAAAAUAAUGCAACUAAGGAUUUUGGUGAGGCUAGAAGAGGAAAAGAAAUAGACAAGAUUGAACAUGAGUUUCUAGAGAGUGCUGCUCGUCAUCAUCAUGAGCUUAAAGAUAGCAGAUCCAUGAUGCAGUUUGUCAAAGCUUUUCAAUCCAUAGAUUUGAUGCGCACAUUUUUGAAAUCUUUGGAUUGCCUUGGUGAGCUUCUGUUGUUGGAAGAAGAAUCAGGAAACUUCUUAGAGGCUGCCAGCAUUGCAAAGCUGAAAGGGGAGAUUCUACAUGAAGCUGAUCUUCUAGGGAAGGCAGGGAAUGUCAAAGAAGCGUCCAUGCUAUUGCUUUUCUAUGUGCUGUACAAUUCACUUUGGACACCUGGAAGCAAGGGCUGGCCACUGAAGCAGUUUACACAGAAGCAGGAGCUUUUGGCAAAAGUCAAGUCAUUUGCUAAGAAUGACUCAAACUUUUAUUCUUUUGUUUGUACAGAGGCUGACAUUUUAUCAAAUGAGCAGAGUAACUUGUCCAUAACAAAAAAGUAUUUGAAUGCUUCUCAGAGACAUAAUAGUGUUGGAGGUGAAAUAAUUUCUGCUCGAAAAAUUCUAGAUGCUCAUCUUCAGUCAAAGUCUGCAAAGUAUGUGUGGCAUGAUUAUUUUGUUUUUGAUCUGACAAAGCAUUCGGAACAGGUGAUCUCUAGAAAUCAGAUUUCUGUAGAAACACUGUUUUACUUUUGGAAUUUUUGGAAAGAUAAGAUUCUGAGCAUUUUCAAGUAUCUCAGAUGUCUUGACACUCAAGAUGUUAAUGAAUAUAGAAGUUAUGGAGAUUUUUGUUUGAAUUACUUGGGGGUGCGGAGGCUGUUUCAUAAUCUUAAUGCAAUCUAUGUAUUGCUCAACUCUGACGCAGAUUGGGUCAGAGAGGACAGUAGAUUCAUUCAUCGAAAUGGAAAUUUGGUUUAUAUUGAUGUGAGACAUUUUGUUGCAACUGCUCAAAGUUACUGGUGUUCAGAAUUACUUUGUGUUGGUAUGAAGGUUUUGGACAAUCUUGAAGCCCUUUACAAUUUCUCAUUGAAGAAUUCCCUCUCGCUGUUCUGCCAAAGCAGAUCUCUUAUGUAUAUCUAUGAGGUUGCAAAGUUUCUUUCAGAAUCUGAAUAUCGAAACCAUAGUUACUGCAACAAUAAGACAUUGCAGAGAUCUGUUGAACUUUCUACCAAGUCUUUUUUUGGCUAUAUAUUUCCCCUAGAUUGGCGGAAAUCAUUGGCAGAGAACAUGUUUUCUCUAAGAGAAUCUGAGUUUUCAAGAAAUUUACUGGAACAGAUCAUAAUUGAAAACAUCAGCUUGAAGGGUAAGUUGACAUACGGGCAAAUUGGAAGAGUUGUAGUGAUAACUCUUGGAUUGGGUAAGAUAAACAAUGGUUUAUAUAAGGAGAUUUUGAAAAGGUUUGAUGGGCCUUUUGGAAAUCCACCAUGGAAGAAAUUCAUUCAGGUUCUCCGUGGGAAUAUGGGACCAGAAUUUGCUCAAGGUACUUUAACUGACAAUAACUGUGAAUCUCCAAGAGAGUGUGUUCUGCUGAAGCUAGAAGAAGCUUUGAUGGAUACUUACAGUGCAAAUUGGAGAGCAGACGACUAUAUUUCACCUGGUUGUUUCUUGUAUCUUAUUGAGCGCCUCCUAAUCUUGGCAUCUUACUUCCAGGGAUACUUUAUCACUUCGAAGUCUUCUUUUGCUGAAUGGUUUAUCUAUCAAGAUGCAGAUACCGACCCAAAUUCCACUUUAUUGGCUCAAAUGAGACCAUCCCAUGUUAUCUUUGAGUUUAUUGUCAAUGUUGUUCAGCAGCUUCUUUAUGAUAAGAAUGAUACAAUGGAUUGGAUUAGAAGGUCUAAUAUAAAUGUGAAGGACUACUAUCCACUGCUGGUAUUGAGAUUGGUUUCUAUAAUAUGUUUAGUUCAUCUGAAUUCUGGGGAAUUUUUGGAAUUUCUUUUUGAAUUGCUUGGUAGGAGCUAUAUUACUGAGGAACUUCCAAAGGAAUUUUAUGAUGUCCUUCAGAGAAGACGGAAACGUAUAAAUGUGAAUGUGCUAGCUGAAGCAUUUAAAAAGAUUCACAAUCCUCUUGUAAUUGUGAGUUUGGGAGGAAAAUGUUCAAGGUUUCUAUGUCCAGAUGCCAUUUUUGUGGACAUGACGGUAAAACAGUGCAGGGAGGACAUGUUAAAGGUCUUGUUUCCAGAGACUGUGAAACCAUUGCAAGGUCAAACUGAGACAUUUGAAGUGGAAGCAACUCACUCUGGCAAUGAAGUGCUUUCUUCAGGCACUGAUGAUCAAGACAGUCGUAAUUGUAACUAUGCACCUUCAAACUUUGCUUUGGUGGCAGAUCAGGGGGACUUGAACAAUAUAAAUGGAAGCAGGCUACGAGUGAAUUACUUUUGGGAAAUAUUUGAAGCUUUGAUGUCGUUGGAGCAUGGUAAAGAUCCAAGGAGCUUUUUGUUAAAUGUCCAAAUGAUGAAGCAGGUGAACGUGGAGAAAAGUAUUCACCUUGUUAGUACUGUUAUGCACGAACGCCUUCAGAAUGCUAUCAACAAUGUUGAUGAAAACCUAUUGGAGGAAGUAGACAGCAUGGUUGAUGAACUGAAGCAACUUUCUGCUGCACUGGAUGUGAGUGAACCGGAACUUGGAAACAAUAUGUCAACAAUUCAAGAACUUUGCAAGAGAUUGCUGUCAAGAAGGCCAAAUCUGGAACCCAUCUUAAGAAGGCUUUAUUUAGAAAAGUGUGGGGAGUCUGAACUUCAAAGAGCUGGGGAAUGCUUUUGUCUAGCAGGACGCUAUGAACUGGCAGCUGAGGUGUAUGCUAAAGGCAAAUUUUUCUCAGAAUGUUUGAAAGUUUGCUCCAAAGGAAAAUUAUUCAACAUGGGUUUCAAGUACAUUCAGUAUUGGAAAAAUAAUGCAACUAAGGAUUUUGGUGAGGCUAGAAGAGGAAAAGAAAUAGACAAGAUUGAACAUGAGUUUCUAGAGAGUGCUGCUCGUCAUCAUCAUGAGCUUAAAGAUAGCAGAUCCAUGAUGCAGUUUGUCAAAGCUUUUCAAUCCAUAGAUUUGAUGCGCACAUUUUUGAAAUCUUUGGAUUGCCUUGGUGAGCUUCUGUUGUUGGAAGAAGAAUCAGGAAACUUCUUAGAGGCCGCCAGCAUUGCAAAGCUGAGAGGGGAGAUUCUACAUGAAGCUGAUCUUCUAGGGAAGGCAGGGAAUGUCAAAGAAGCAUCCAUGCUAUUGCUUUUCUAUGUGCUGUACAAUUCACUUUGGACACCUGGAAGCAAGGGCUGGCCACUAAAGCAGUUUACACAGAAGCAGGAGCUUUUGGCAAAAGCCAAGUCAUUUGCUAAGAAUGACUCAAACUUUUAUUCUUUUGUUUGUACAGAGGCUGACAAUUUAUCAAAUGAGCAGAGUAACUUGUCCAUAACAAAAAAGUAUUUGAAUGCUUCUCAGAGACAUAAUAGUGUUGGAGGUGAAAUAAUUUCUGCUCGAAAAAUUCUAGAUGCUCAUCUUCAGUCAAACUCUGCAAAGUAUGUGUGGCAUGAUUAUUUUGUUUUUGAUCUGACAAAGUAUUCGGAACAGGUGAUCUCUAGAAAUCAGAUUUCUGUAGAAACACUGUUUUACUUUUGGAAUUUUUGGAAAGACAAAAUUCUGAACAUUUUCAAGUAUCUCAGAUGCGUUGACACUCAAGAUGUUAAUGAAUAUAGAAGUUAUGGAGAUUUCUGUUUGAAUUACUUGGGGGUGCGGAGGCAGUUUCAUAAUCGUAAUGCAAUCUAUGUAUUGCUCAACUCUGAUGCGGAUUGGGUCAAAGAGGACAGUAGAUUCAUUCAUCGAAAUGGAAAUUUGGUUUAUAUUGAUGUGAGACAUUUUAUUGCAACUGCUCAAAGUUACUGGUGUUCAGAAUUACUUUGUGUUGGUAUGAAGGUUUUGGACAAUCUUGAAGCCCUUUACAAUUUCUCAUUGAAGAAUUCCCUCUCCCUGUUCUGCCAAAGCAGAUCUCUUACGUAUAUCUAUGAGGUUGCAAAGUUUCUUUCGAAAUCUGAAUAUCGAAACCAUAGUUACUGCAACAAUAGGACAUUGCAGAGAUUUGUUGAACUUUCUACCAAGUCUUUUCUUGGCUAUAUAUUUCCCCUAGAUUGGCGGAAAUCAUUGGCAGAGAACAUGUUUUCUCUAAGAGAAUCAGAGUUUUCAAGAAAUUUACUAGAACAGAUCAUAAUUGAAAACAUCAGCUUGAAGGGUAAGUUGACAUACGGGCAAAUUGGAAGAGUUGUAGUGAUAACUCUUGGAUUGGGUAAGAUAAACAAUGAUUUAUAUAAGGAGAUUUUGAAAAGGUUUGAUGGGACUUAUGGAAAUCCACCAUGGAAGAAAUUCAUUCAGGUUCUCCAUGGGAAUAUAGGACCAGAAUUUCCUCAAGGUACUUCAACUGACAAUAACUGUGAAUCUACAAGAGAAUUGUGCAUUCCGCAGAAGCUACAAGAAGCUUUGAUGGAUACUUACAAUGCAAAUUGGAGAGAAGUCGACUAUAUUUCACCCGGUUGUUUCUUGUAUCUUAUGGAGCGCCUCCUAAUCUUGGCAUCUUACUUCAAGGGAUACUUUAUCACUUCAAAGUCUUCUUUUGCUGAAUGGUUUAUCUAUCAAGCUGCAGAUACCAACCCAAAUUCCACUUUAGUGGCCCAAAUGAGACCAUCCCAUGUUAUCUUUGAGUUUAUUGUCAAAGUUGUUCAGCGGCUUCUUAAUGAUAAGAAUGAUACAAUGGAUUGGAUUAGAAGGUCUGAUAUAAAUGUGAAGGACUACUAUCCACUGCUGGUAUUGAGAUUGGUUUCUAUAAUAUGUUUAGUUCAUCUGAAUUCUGGGGAAUUUUUGGAAUUUAUUUUUGCAUUGCUUGGUAGGAGCUAUAUUACUGAGCAACUUCCAAGGGAAUUUUAUGAUGUCCUUCAGAGAAGACAGAAACAUAUAAAUGUGAAUGUGCUAGCUGAAGCAUUUAAAAAGAUUCACAAUCCUCUUGUAAUUGUGAGUUUGGGAGGUAAUUGUUCAAGGUUUCUAUGUCCAGAUGCCAUUUUUGUGGACAUGACGGUAAAACAGUGCAGGGAGGACAUGUUAAAAGUCUUGUUUCUAGAGACAGUGAAACCAUCACAAGGUCCAACAGAGACAUUUGAAGUGGGAGCAACUAACUCUGGCAAUGAAGUGCUUUCUUCAGGCACUUAUGAUCAAGACAGUUGUAAUUGUAAGUCUGCACCUUCAAACUUUGCUUUGGUGACAGAUCAGGGGGACUUGAACAACAUAAAUGGAAGCGAGCUUAAGAAACAGUGCAGGGAGGACAUGUUAAAAGUCUCGUUUCCAGAGACAGUGAAACCAUCGCAAGGUCAAACUGAGACAUUCGAAGUGGAAGCAACUAACUCUGGCAAUGAAGUGCUUUCUUCAGGCACUUAUGAUCAAGACAGUCGUAAUUGUAAGUCUGCACCUUCAAACUUUGCUUUGGUGACAGAUCAGGGGGACUUGAACAACAUAAAUGGAAGCGAGCUUAAGAAACAGUGCAGGGAGGACAUGUUAAAAGUCUCGUUUCCAGAGACAGUGAAACCAUCGCAAGGUCAAACUGAGACAUUUGAAGUGGAAGCAACUAACUCUGGCAAUGAAGUGCUUUCUUCAGGCACUUAUGAUCAAGACAGUCGUAAUUGUAAGUCUGCACCUUCAAACUUUGCUUUGGUGGCAGAGCAGGGGGACUUGAACAACAUAAAUGGAAGCAAUGUUAAGAAACAGUGCAGGGAGGACAUGUUAAAAGUCUCGUUUCCAGAGACAGUGAAACCAUCGCAAGGUCAAACUGAGACAUUUGAAGUGGAAGCAACUAACUCUGGCAAUGAAGUGCUUUCUUCAGGCACUUAUGAUCAGGACAGUCAUAAUUGUAAGUCUGCACCUUCAAACUUUGCUUUGGUGGCAGAGCAGGGGGACUUGAACAACAAAAAUGGAAGCAGGCUGCAAGUGAAUUGCUUUUGGGAAAUAUUUGAAGCUUUGAAGUCGUUGGAGCAUGGUAAAGAUCCAAGGAGCUUUUUGUUAAAUGUCCAAAUGAUGAAGCAGGUGAAUGUGGAGAAAAGUAUUCACCUUGUUAGUACUGUUAUGCACGAAUGCCUUCAGAAUGCUAUCAACAAUGUUGAUGAAAACCUAUUGGAGGAAGUAGACAGCAUGGUUGAUGAACUGAAGCAACUUUCUGCUGCACUGGAUGUGAGUGAACUGGAACUUGGAAACAAUAUGUCAACAAUUCAAGAACUUUGCAAGAGAUUCUUGUCAAGAAGGCCAAAUCUUGAACCUAUCUUAAGUAAGCAAUUCUUGCAACUGGGCACAAACCUUGUGGUUGAGACUUCUGGCAGUAUAUCAAAUGAGCAGCAGUGUGAUGUAAAGGAUAGUGAUAGCAAAGCUAAGGAAAAUAGCAGUGCUGAUGUUGCAUCGGUCUCUAACAGUAAAAACUCCUGCGCUUUCAGCAAAACAGGUGCUUUAUUGGUUUUGUUUGUCUCCACCAUUGCAAUCGUAGGGGGAGCAAGAAAAUGGUUGCGAGGAAGAAGAUAAUAGUCACAGAUUCCACUCAAUCUUGACAGCUGCAUAAAUGACUAGAAUUUGUUUUUCAAUUGGAAGUGGUGCAUAUUGUGGUUGUUUCAGUACUUCUGUAAGCCUUGCACCUCUAUUGAGUAAUGCCUGAGUCGCAGCAUCAAGGUCUGACCCAAAUUGAGCAAAGGCAGCGACUUCUUGAUAUUGUGCCAAUUCCAGUUUUGAAAUACUGCAGACUUGUUUCAUAGCUUUCAACUGAGCGGCAGACCUGACGCGACUAACAGGUAAGCUGACAUUAAUAGCAGGUCUAAUUCCGCGAUAAAAGAGUUCUGUUUCCAAACAGAUUUGUCCAUCAGUAAUGGAGAUCACAUUGGUGGGAAUAAGGUGAAGGGUAACAAGUCCAGGAAAAAUAAGAGGGGUAAAAAAGGAGGCAGUAAGAGAUAAAUAGAUGUACAUGAGUUGAAAGUUAUUUUGUAUUGUACAUUUCAAAAAUUGUCUUCUCUAUGCACUUGAAAGAGAUGAACAAUCUAGCAUUUCAGAAAAGAUCUUUGGAUCUCAAUAUUUAGCACUUAUUGUUGUAUACCGCAGUGCUAUAGAAGUUGCAAUUCAAGGGCAAUGUGAUUAUCAAAGGAAGUUGUCCCAUCUUUUUGAGCA